UAUGCGGAAAAUGAUGUGUCCUUGGCAGUUACUUUUUAAGCCUCAAGCCGGUAAAAACGAGUCCCAGGAGGAGAAGGACAUCAACAACAACAUGGAAAAAACCACCAGGAACGUUCGCAGCUUGGCGAAACAGGAAGGAGCCGUUUUAAAUGGCCUAAGCGAGAAACCAGAUGUGAUCAUGCACACAGCAACAGCGGGAGAAAAACUUCUCCAAAAUGGCGCCAGGAACGGCACUGGGUGCCCAAGGCAUUUCAAAAUUAAAAACUGGGAAAACGGAUCAACCUUUCAAGAUGUGUUACACCACCAGGCCAAAGAGGCUUUUAACUGCCGGACCAGAGUUUGUCAGGGGUCUCUCAUGAACCCCAAAAGUUUGGUCAGGGGUCCCCGAGACGGACCCAUCCCCAGAGACGAAUUAUUACGCCAAGCGACGGAGUUUGUCAAUCGGUUCUACGAUGCGUUGAAAGAACCAAAUAUAGGCCGUCUCAGACGUUUGGAAGCAGUGGCUGAGGAGAUAGAAAGAACAGGAACGUAUCAGUUGACCGGGGACGAACUCAUCUUCGCGACGAAGCAGGCCUGGAGAAAUGCCCCAAGAUGUGUUGGGAGAAUCCAGUGGUCCAAUUUACAGGUAUUUGAUGCUCGUAGCUGUGCUACUGCCAAGGAGAUGUUUGAGCACCUCUGCCGUCAUUUGCAGUAUUCAACGAACGGAGGGAACAUAAGGUCCGCCAUCACCGUCUUUCCGCAGAGGACUGACGGGAAACACGACUUCCGAAUAUGGAACAGCCAACUCAUUCGAUACGCCGGCUACCAAAUGCCGGAUGGUUCCAUUAUGGGAGAUCCAGCCAAUGUGGAGUUCACGCAGCUCUGUAUCCAGCUUGGUUGGAAGGCCAAAUAUGGCCGCUUUGAUGUGGUUCCCUGGAUCCUCCAAGCCAACGGCCAAGACCCAGAACUCUUUGAACUGCCGCCAGAGCUCGUCCUCGACGUGCCGAUGGAGCACCCCACGUAUGAAUGGUUUAAGGAACUAGACCUGAAGUGGUACGCAGUUCCGGCUGUCUCUAACAUGCUCCUUGAGGUUGGAGGCUUGGAGUUUACAGCUUGCCCUUUUAAUGGCUGGUACGUGGGGACCGAGAUCGGGGUGCGAGAUUUCUGCGACGUGCAGCGCUACAAUAUUCUGCAGGACGUGGGGAGGAGGAUGGGCCUGGAAACGAACAAACUGUCCUCGCUGUGGAAAGACAAAGCUGUGAUAGAGGUGAACAUCGCUGUGCUGCACAGCUUUCAGAAACAAAACGUCACCAUCAUGGACCACCACUCCGCCACGGAGUCAUUCAUGAAAUACAUGCAGAAUGAAUACCGGCUCCGCGGGGGGUGUCCGGCCGACUGGGUGUGGCUCGUGCCCCCUAUCUCUGGCAGCAUCACGCCCCUCUUCCACCAGGAGAUGUUGAACUACAUCCUGUCUCCGUUCUAUUAUUACCAAGUGGAUGCAUGGAAAACGCACGUCUGGCAAGACGAGAGACGCAAGCCGAGGAAACGAGAGGUCAGAUUCCGCAUUUGGGCCAAGGCCGUGCUUUUUGCCUCCUCACUAAUGCGGAGAGUCACGGCGGCCCGAGUGAAAGCAACCGUCCUCUACGCAACGGAGACGGGGAAAUCCGAAACGCUAGCCCGGAAUCUGGGCGAUCUGUUCAACUGUGCCUUCAACACCAGGGUUAUCUGCAUGGACAGUUACAACCCGAGCGACCUUGAAAAGGAAACCCUCUUCCUGGUGGUGACCAGCACAUUCGGAAAUGGCGACUCGCCGAGCAACGGAAAAUCGCUGCAGAACUCCCUCCUGACCAUGAAACAACUGAGUAACAAAUUCAGAUAUGGCGUCUUUGGCUUGGGGUCAACCAUGUACCCUGAGUUUUGUGCCUUUGCCCGGGCCAUUAACCACAAGCUCGCACAGCUGGGGGCGUCUCCGGUCACCCCGAUGGGCCAAGGGGACGAACUCAAUGGGCAAGAGGAAGCUUUCCGCACCUGGGCUGUGAAUACAUUCAAGACUGCCUGUGAAAUUUUUGAUAUCCGUGGGAAGCACAAGAUCCUGUUACCGAAAACUUAUAUAUGUAAUGAAACCUGGGACCCAAAGGAUUUUAGGAUCAUGUAUGACUCUCAGCCACUGGAUUUGGGGAAAGCACUCGGUGAUAUCCAUGGGAAAAAUGUCAUUCCAAUGAAACUCAAAUUUCGGCAGAAUCUGCAAAGUUCAAACUCCAGCCGUGCUACCGUCUUAAUUAAGCUUUCCUGCGAGGCCAACCAGGAAGCCAAGUAUCUCCCUGGGGACCAUCUGGGAAUCUUCCCUGGCAACCAAAAGUCUCUCGUUGAUGGUAUCAUCAGCCGUGUUGCGGACGCGCCUCCGUCGGAUGACAUCAUUCGCCUGGAAACGCGUCGCGAUCGUGGCUACUGGACCCCUGACAAGAAGUUUCCAGCCUGCACCCUCGCUCAAGCCUUGAGGCAUUUCCUUGAUGUCACCACGCCCCCUUCCCAGCAAUUGCUCAGAGCCCUUGCUCAGCUGGCAAAAGAAGGAAGCGAAAAGGAGAAGCUCAGCGUCUUGUCCCAUAGCUUGGAGGAAUACAACAAAUGGAAGUUUUACAACAGCCCCACCAUUUUAGAGGUCUUGGAGGAGUUCCCAUCCGUCGAGGUCCCAACAUCUUUCUUGGUCUCCCAGCUGCCUUUGCUGAAACCUCGGUAUUACUCCAUCAGUUCCUCGCAAGACUGGGAGCCUGGAGAACUUCACCUGACGGUCGCUGUGGUCACCUACAGGACCAGAGACGGAAAAGGUCCAGUCCACCACGGAGUAUGCAGCACUUGGCUGAACGAUAUCGAACUAACGGAGACGAUCCCCUGUUUUGUGCGCAGCGCUGAUAACUUCCGACUUCCGAAAGACCCGAGAAAACCUUGCGUCCUGAUUGGCCCAGGCACGGGGAUUGCUCCUUUUAGAAGCUUCUGGCAGCAACGGCUCUACGAUUUGGAAAUAAAAGAGAUCGAUGGGAGGGGCAUGAUUCUGUUAUUCGGCUGCCGACACUCCCACCUAGACCACCUCUACAAAGAAGAGAUGAAGGCAAUGCACCGGAAAGGGAUUCUUCAAGAGGUCCACACCGCAUACUCCAGAGAGCCCGGCUGUCCCAAAGUUUACGUUCAAGACCUUCUCCGGAACAAGCUAGCAGCAGAAGUGUGCAGCCUCUUGCAUGAACGCGAGGGCCACCUCUACGUCUGUGGCGACGUCCGCAUGGCCCGGGAAGUGGCAAAGGCCUUAAAGGAGGUGUGUGCAAAACAGCUGGGCUUGACGGAGGAGCAGGCAGGAGAAUACUGCUUCCAGCUGAAGAGGCAGAAGCGGUACCAUGAAGACAUAUUCGGAGCUGUGUUUCCACACGAGAACCCGCGAACCUCAGACGAACAGAAAUCCAGACGAGACCUAAGCUACUUGGGAUCUCACACCCAGCUAACGUUUUAGCCAUAAACUUUGCACACAUGCUCCUGUUUUCUACCAAA